UUAAUGAAGAUGAAUUCAUCGAAGAUCUCUCUCCGGCCAUUUGAACUUUCCGACGUCGACGACUUCAUGUUGAUGGUCGGUGAUGAUCGGGCGAUGCGGUUUACUAGAUGGAACACCUUCACCUCCAAGGAAGAUGCUUUGAUGCAGCUCAAAAAUGUUUGCAUGGUCCAUCCUUGGUGUAGAUCUAUUUGCUUGGAUGAUCGAUCGGUUGGACUUAUUUCAGUCCGGCCGGCAUCCGGAGAUGACCGAUGUAGGGCAGAGAUUGGUUAUGGUUUGGCAGUUGAUUACUGGGGUCAAGGGAUUACAACCAUAGCUGUGAAGAUGGCUCUCCCAAUUGUGUUCAAAGAAAUGCCAUAUUUGUUGAGGAUACAAGCUUUGGUUGAUCCAGAAAACAAGGCCUCCCAAAGGGUCUUAGAGAAAGUUGGGUUCAUAAAAGAGGGUCUUUUAAGGAAUUAUACCUUCCACAAAGGGGUGAUAAGAGAUGUGAUUUUCUAUGGUUUCUUAUCUACAGAUUCCAUAUUAGACUGAUAAUGUAAAAUCAAAAUUAGAUUGUUAAU